GGGGCGGGACCCUCUCGGCCUUCCGUCCAAUUCCCGCUCCUUUGCGGCCCGGAGGGAUCGGGCAGACGCAGCUGUGGGCUGCACGGAGCGGGCGAGGCGCGGGCGGUGAGGACGGGCAGUCAUCAGCCUCGUUCAGUUCCCUGUGAUCUCAAAACCGUUGUUACAGCAGGCUCCUGGCAGCCUUAAGCAGUUCACCUUCAUGGUGUACUGUUUUCCUAUUGUGAUUUUACUAUGGAAAAUCAAUUGGCUAAGUCAACUGAAGAACGAACAUUUCAGUACCAGGAUUCUCUUCCGUCGCUGCCUGUGCCUUCGCUUGAAGAAUCAUUAAAAAAAUACCUUGAAUCAGUAAAGCCAUUUGCAAAUGAAGAAGAAUAUAAGAAAACAGAAGCUAUAGUUCAAAAAUUUCAAAAUGGGAUUGGAGAAAAAUUGCAACAGAAAUUACUCGAGAGAGCAAAAGGAAAAAGAAAUUGGCUGGAGGAAUGGUGGCUGAAUGUUGCCUAUCUGGAUGUUCGUAUACCAUCACAACUGAAUGUCAACUUUGCAGGUCCUGCAGCUCAUUUUGAACACUACUGGCCUCCAAAAGAAGGCACUCAAUUAGAAAGAGGAAGUAUAAUUCUUUGGCAUAAUUUGAACUACUGGCAGCUGUUAAGAAAAGAAAAAGUGCCUGUUCAUAAAGUUGGAAAUACUCCUCUAGAUAUGAAUCAAUUCCGAAUGCUGUUUUCCACCUGUAAAGUUCCAGGAAUUACUAGAGACUCAAUUAUGAAUUACUUUAAGACUGAGAGUGAAGGAUAUUCCCCAAAUCACAUUGCAGUGCUGUGUCGAGGCCGAGUUUUUGUCUUUGAUGUAAUACAUGAAGGAUGUUUGCUCACCCCACCAGAGCUUCUCAGACAAUUGACAUUCAUCUGCAAGAAGUGUGGUAGUGAACCUGAUGGACCUGGGAUAGCAGCAUUAACCAGUGAGGAAAGAACUCAAUGGGCUAAGGCACGAGAAUAUCUGAUUGGUCUUGAUCCAGAGAACUUGACUUUGUUAGAAAAAAUUCAGAGCAGUUUACUGGUAUAUUCCAUAGAGGAUGGCAGUCCGCAUGUAACACCGGAGGAUUAUUCUCAGAUAACUUCAGUGCUCCUUAUUGGAGAGCCAAAAGUACGCUGGGGUGACAAAUCCUAUAACCUGAUUUCCUUUUCUAAUGGAGUCUUUGGCUGUAGUUGUGAUCAUGCACCUUUUGAUGCAAUGGUUAUGGUGAAUAUCAGCUAUUAUGUGGAUGAGAAAAUUCUUGAGAAUGAAGGAAGGUGGAAGGGUUCAGAGAAAGUACGGGAUAUACCAUUUCCAGAAGAGCUUAUGUUCACUGUGGAUGAGAAAAUAUUACAUGACAUCAACCAAGCCAAAGACCAGUAUCUCAAGGAGGCAUCUGAUCUGCAGGUUGUGUCUUAUGCUUUUACAUCUUUUGGCAAAAAGCUAACCAAGAAGAAGACACUUCACCCUGAUACAUUUAUUCAGCUUGCACUUCAGCUGGCCUAUUACAGACUUAAUGGACGCCCUGGUUGUUGCUAUGAAACAGCUAUGACAAGAUAUUUUUAUCAUGGCCGUACAGAGACCAUGCGAUCAUGCACAGGAGAAGCAGUCAGGUGGUGUCAUUCCAUGCAGGAUCCUUCUACCAGUCUUCAUGAGCGGCAGCAAAAGAUGUUACAAGCUUUUGCAAAGCAUAACAAAAUGAUGAAAGAUUGUUCAGCUGGAAAAGGAUUUGACCGUCACCUCUUAGGUCUGUUACUCAUAGCAAAAGAAGAAGGUCUUCCUGUUCCAGAACUCUUUACGGACCCACUUUUCUCCAAAAGUGGAGGAGGUGGGAAUUUUGUUCUCUCAACAAGUCUGAUUGGUUAUUUACGAGUCCAGGGAGUAGUAGUUCCCAUGGUACACAAUGGAUAUGGAUUUUUCUACCACAUCAGAGAUGACAGGUUUGUUGUAUCCUGUACAGCCUGGAAAUCAUGUCCAGAGACUGAUGCGGAAAAGCUAGUUCGACUGGUCUUUUGUGCUUUCCAUGAUAUGAUACAGCUGAUGAACACGGCUCAUCUUUAGAGAUUAAUCAUUUGUUAAGCACUUACCAAACAUAUCAUUAAACUGGGUGCUGGGAGUGGUUUGGCGAGAUGAGAUGGGAGGGAAUGUUGACUUGCUAACAUUCCUUUAACAAGUUAAAGAAAAGUUGAUAAAUGUAGAAAUUAGUAAAAUCAUGCUCUCUAAAUUUAUUAUGCUAUAGAAGGUAGAAAGCUUCCUCUGAUGCAACAGCAAUGCAAAUUAUGAUAUAGUGAAUAUAGAACUAUGCAAUGUUUAAGAUAAGCCUCAACAAUGCAAGUCUUACUCUAAUUUUAAAAUAUUUUGUUGGUACUUAUAUGGUUUAUAAAUCCUCUCCCUGAACAUCAAGAUAGAGUCCAUCUUUCAAGCACUUUAACAUUUUCUAGCUGCCAAAGGGUAUGAAAUACAUAAUUGAACACUGUUUUCCCUGAAAUCAAUGCCUUUCAUAUUCACCCUAGGGAUACAAGUCUAUUAUGUUUGAUAGGAAAGACCACUACAAUUCAAUGGUGAUCUGAAAUAACUCUUGAACAGACAGAAGAAUUAAGUUAUAAUAGGGAGAUUUAUACUUCUAACACACAAAAAAACCCUAACAAAAUUAAUUAUGGUCUAUUGUUGUAAUUAGUUUUGUGAACACACAAAGCACUUAUAUUUAAAAUUUUUAUAAUUAAUGACUUUUAAAGGGUUAUUGUUGAAUCAGUCUCAGGAUUUUUCAUUUUUUUUCUCUUUGCUGUUCAAUUUUGUAGUUUCUACUCUCAGAAAAUAAAAUUCCCAAGAUUAUGUA